CUGAUAAUUGACAGCUCGACUCCGCCCCUCACACUCGCGUCAUCAUGUGGUGAAUCCCAUCAGCGAUGCCGGGCUCCGCAGGAAAAGAGCACAGCCAGAAGAUGCUCGAGACUUUCAGAAGAGCAUGUUAGUCUCUUUCCUGACAUUUUAUCCCAGUAAAUAUCAGAAAAACUCAUCUUAAGUCGCCGUUCUAAACAGUGUCUCCUCCAGCACGCUUCACAGGUGAGCUGCUCCUCUCCUCGGCGCGAUGGACUGCACACACACACCGGAGGAGCGAGCAGAGGUGAAGAAGCACCAGCACAAACACAGCCUCAAGCGCCGCUUCCAAGUGCUGGAGACGCUGGGCAGAGGCGCGUACGGUAAAGUCAAGCGAGCGGUGGAGAGGCGGUGUGGAAAGACGGUGGCUAUUAAAUCUAUUAGAAAGGAGAGAUUGAGGGAUGAUCUGGAUAGAGCUCACAUCCAGAGAGAAAUCGAGAUCAGUGCCUCUCUUGUGCACCCACAUAUCAUCCGCCUGUAUGAGGUGUUUGAGAGCAGAGAGCGGAUUGUGAUGGUGAUGGAGUACGCGAGCGGAGGAGAGCUGUAUGACUACAUUCAGGACAAACAGAGACUGUCAGAGGAGGAGGCCAGACACUUCUUCAGACAGAUCACCUCUGCUGUGCAGUACUGCCAUAAAAAUGGUGUGGUUCAUCGUGACCUCAAACUGGAGAAUAUACUUCUGGACAAAGACUUAAAUGUGAAG